AUGAGUCAGACCCCCAACAUCACCGCCCCAUCGUCAGGUGGAGCAGGAGGUGCCAGUAGUGCCAGCAGUGGUGGCGGUGGCGGAGGUGGUGCUGGCGGUGGUAGCGGUGGUGGUAGCGUCAUGUGGGUGACCCCUCUGCUGGGCGCCACCCUGCUCAGCAUGUGCGUGCUGGGCAUGGCGGGCAACAUCUACACGCUGCUGGUGAUGCGCUCGGCCGUGCUGCGCCGCGCCGGCUCCAUGUACGUCUUCAUCCUCAACCUGGCCAUGGCCGACCUGCUGUACCUGGGCACCAUCCCCUUCGUGGUCUGCACCUACUUCGCCCACAACUGGUUCUUCGGCGAGACGGGCUGCCGCGUGCUCCUCAGCCUGGACCUGCUGACCAUGCACGCCAGCGUCUUCGUGCUGGUGGCCAUGAGCCUGGAGCGCUACCGGGCCGUGGCCACGCCGUUCCGGGCCCGCCGGUCCUCCAGCGCCCGCGCCCACUGGGUCAUGGCGCUGGGCAUCUGGCUGACGGCCUUCACGCUCACGCUGCCCAUGAUGGUGAUGAUCCGGCUGCGCGAGGGGCGCGUCAGCUCGGCCGGCCUGGUCAAGAGGAUCUGCUUCCCCACGUGGACCCCCGAGGCCUUCCGCGCCUACCUGACCGUGCUGUUCUUCACCAGCAUGCUGGUGCCGGGGCUGGUGAUGGUGGGGCUGUACGCGGGGCUGGCCCGGCGCUACUGGGCCGCCCAGGCCAACCUAGCCCGCCGGGGGGGCGGCGGGUCCGGUCAGCCGCGUCCCGUCUCGUCCUCGUCCUCCCGGAGGCGGCGGCGGAGCCUCAAGCACAAGGUGGUGGCCAUGAUCUUCAGCAUCGUGGUGGCGUACUGGGCCUGCUUCCUGCCCUUCUGGGGCUGGCAGCUGGCCAAGCUCUUCUCGCCCGAGUCGCUGCGCGCCCUCUCGCCGGCCGCGCACACCUACGUCAACUUCUUCGUCACCUGCCUGACGUACGGCAACAGCUGCGUCAACCCGCUGCUCUACACGCUGCUCACGCGCAACUACAAGGACUACCUGGCGCAGCGCAGCCAGUCGGGGGCGUCCAGUCGCACCGAGGCGCCCUCAGCCGCGGCCCCUGCCGCCACUGCCGCUGUGGAACUCCAGGAUUCAUAAGCGGCUCAAAUUUGAUUUGUAAGGACAUUUGGAACUUUUAUGAAUUAUAAUAUUAAUCGUUUGUUUGUUUCUUACAUCAACUUCUUCGUUACCUACAAGGACUGUUUGGCGCGACGCAGCCAGUCGAGGGCAUCAAGUCGCGCAGAGGACUUCUCAGCCGCGACGCCAGCUGUGUGGACAUCCAAGAUUCAUAAGGUGGAUUCUGCUGCUCAAAUGUGGCUUAUAAGGACGUUUGGGAUUUUUCUGACCUAUAAUAUUAAUCAUUUAUUUCUU